GUGGCCAGCAGUUAGGCAACUCUGUAUCAGAUUGCACCGCCACGAGGAAAUAACCGGUCGGACACGGAGCCACCGCCUUUCAUCUACUCAAUUAAUUUGUAGGACUUCGAAAUGUAGACACGUACAUUUUUUAAAACUUGGUAUUUCUUCUGUACUCUCGAUUUGACUUAUGUCGGACUGGCGGUACAUGUAAUCCCGACGCUUGCGCAUUUAGUUUUGUGGUUCCACGUGACAAGCCUCGAAGUCCUGAUCGUAAGGGAGUCUGCGCGGUAGAACUGGACGCGAGCGUGCCACCACGGGUCUCUGACGUCACCUUCCACAGCACGCAGGUUUUCUCCAGCUGGGUGAGACGCUCGGGGUAAUGUUUGCAAGGGGGAAAGAGGGAGGACGAGCCGAGGAAUACGAGAAAGGACAGACGGUUUUCAUCUUGAUCCUUUCCUGGACUGCAAAAAGAAUGCUACUAGAGCAAACGCACCGUGCCAGGUGAGGGAGCCUGAACCACUGCACUGCCAUGACCGCUACAGAGAACCAGGCCCUGAUGGUGCUUCACGAAGAGGGGGCCGCAGCUCCUGCCGCAGCCCCUGGAAGUGCCGCUCCGCCUGCCUUCUUUGUCAUCCUGAAGCCAGGCCAGGCUAGCGAGGGGGGGCAGGACCAAGGUAUCCUGGUGGCCAAUCAAGAAGCAAACCUUGCAACGACCUCCUCUCCUACCCUGCCAGGGCUAGCUCUGCCCGCUCCUUGUGUCCCAUCAGUUGCUGGUGCUGCUAAGUCCAAUACCCAGCCAGACAACCUGCCCCCUGAGUGCACCUGCAAGGGCAUAAAGGUCACCCUAGAUAACAACAACAUGUGGAAUGAGUUCUACCGCUGCAGGACGGAGAUGAUCCUCACCAAGCAGGGCCGCAGGAUGUUCCCCUACUGCCGCUUCCGCAUCUCUGGCAUGGAGCCCUUCCAGAGAUACAUCCUGGUCAUGGAUAUCACUCCUGUGGACAACCUGCGCUACAGGUGGACUGGCCAACAGUGGGAGGUGACUGGGAAGGCAGAACCCCACGUGCUGGGACGGGUCUUCAUCCACCCGGACUCCCCAUCCUCAGGCCACUACUGGAUGCAGAACCCGAUAUCGUUCUACAAGCUGAAGCUGACUAACAAUACCCUAGACCAGGAGGGACACGUCAUCCUGCACUCCAAGCACCGGUACUUGCCGCGGCUGCACGUGGUGCCGGCUGACAAGGCCACCGAGGUCAUCCAGCUCAACGGGCCGGAUGUCAUUACCUUCACUUUCCCCCAGACGGAGUUCAUGGCUGUCACGGCCUACCAGAACCUGCGCAUUACCCAACUAAAAAUUGAUUACAACCCCUUUGCAAAAGGGUUCCGGGAGGACAGCCCAGGCCACCAGCCCCUCAGGCCUCGGCCAGAGCCCCCGAAUGCCAGUGUGGGUCCCCCCAGAUUUGUGGGAGACAAGGAAGAUGCAAGUCCCUUAAAGAAAAGUUUGAAGUCUCUGUUACUGAACAGCACCUUUGACAACUUUGUAAUGGAUCAGGAGCUCUUCAGCUCUACAGACUACAACAUUGGAGUCUUGGAUCAUAGCAUAUCCACUACAAAUUUAUCAGAGAAGGAUAUCAGCAGUAAAAAGCGGCCUCAACCUGGACCCCCCUCGGAGCCAGCGCCAGAGGCCAAGCUGAGAACACGGAAGGGUCUUACUGAGAGGCCUCCUUCAACUGCCGGCUCUGACAAAAAGCACGCUGAUAGCGCAAGCCUCAAAGAGGAGAAAGAGGAGCUGCCUGUGAACAAAGCCACCUCCAAGGAGUCUCCGCCAGAUGGUCAGGAAGGUGUGGGAGAGGACCAGGUGAAAACUCCAGCAGGUGGAGGGCCAGCGGUGGCCAUCAAGCCUCCCUCUGACCUCACCCCGGUCGCUUCCUCCCCAAAGCUGCAGACCAGCGAGGCAUCUGGGCUAGCUGUGUCCGCAGGGCCCAAGGGAUGCCCUGCGGACUCCUCCGGUCCUGCGGCUGCCCCCCUGGAGCCCGGUGACCCUGCGCUGCUGGCCGAGCCGGCCGCCCGUCCGGCCAAGCGAGCGGAACGCGUGCCCCUGCCGCUGCUGGCUCUGUUCCUCAAGCAGCGGCGGCCGAAGCCCAGGGCCAUCAUGCCCAAACCAGAGACCCCCUCAGACCCCGCGCCCCCAUUGCCCGAACCAGCACCCUCAUCACCCGCCUCGACGUCGCUGCCACCUGCCGGUGGACUGUCAUCUCCUUCCCCUGAGCUGUCUUCACCUGGCCCUACGGUACCACCAUCUGCCCGGGCGCAGUCGUCACCGGCCCCCGAGCUGCCCUCACCCGCGCCCAUUCCUCUGUCUCCUACCCCCGCAUCGUCAUCACCUGCCCCCAUGGAGACCUCUCCCGCCCCAGCAUCCCUGUCUCCAGCCCCUGCUCUGUGGCCUGCUUUGCCUGAUGGACCUGAGGCCUCUGAAGGCCUGGAUGGGUCAGACCCUGCCUCCGGUUCCCCGGGCACCACACAGGCUGCCGCUCCGCUCUCCUCUGGGAAGAGGAAGCGGAAGCCCAAGCCUCGGAGCAGGAAGCACAGGAAGCACGGCCGGAGGCCGGAGGCCGACCCCGACGAGGUCAUCGGAGGCCCCACCGAUGUUAGCAUGCAGCCCAACUUGGAAGAUGUGGAGGGCUUGCUCUUUGUCUCCUUCACCUCCAAGAAGGCACUGGAGUUUCACCUUGGGGACCAACCACUUAACAGGGAACUGCCACCAGCACCCCAGAAAACCCCAGAACCCCCUGUGGACAGAGUUGCAGAAACAGAGGAAGAGAAGAUUGCUCGCCUGGAGAUUGCCCUUCUGCACGAUCUGAAACGGUUGAAACACAGACAAGCCAUCCAUCCUGUCCUUCAGGAAGUUGGGCUGAAGCUGAACCUGCUGGAUCACACCUUGCCGAUUGACCUGCGGUAUUUGGGCGUGUGCUUGCCUCUGCCCCCGCCCUUCCUGUACCCCGGCGGCGACGGCUCCUCUGCAGGCCGGAUAUCGUCCCCGGAUGGGCCGGUUCACUUCGUCUCCAGGACGGGGAAAACGACGGACUUCACCAAAAUCAAAGGGUGGAGGGAGAAGUUUAACAUCGCCUCGGACGCCCCGCCCGCCAAACCUGACAGCAGCGCAGGUGCGGACGGGGCUCUGAAGCACCGCUCCGCGUUCUGCAGCGACAUGCUGGACGAGUACCUGGCCAACGAGGGCAAGCUGAUCGACGAGCGGGCCGCCACCUUCGCGCAGAGCGCCGUCUCUCCCGUGGUCUACCAGCUGCCCACCAAGAGCACCAGCUACGUGCGCACCCUGGACAGCGUGCUGAAGAAGCAGACCCCAGCGCCCGCGUCUGCCGCCGCCUCCUUCAAGCCCCUCUCGCCUCCCAAAAGGCCCCGACCCAAAGCCCCCGCCCGACCCAAGCCGCCCAAACCCGUGGCGCCCGCCACGCCGGACGCCCCCGCCCCUGCGUCCGCGGCGGGUCACGCCGCCAAGCCGGCCGCCAAGGCCAAGAGCUCCCCCAAGGGCCCGCGGGCCCCGGGGCCGGCAGGGGACCCGGCCGGCAGGGACCCCGGCCGCGCCAGCCCGGGGCAGGGCGGCUCCAGCGGGCGCGGCGCGUGGCUCCCCAAAACGCUGGUGAAGCUGAUGGACCUGGAGGACGGGGCGCUGUGGGAGGGCAAGGCGCGCACCUGCAUCACCCAGGAGAGAGCAGAGAUCACCCUGGCCUCCCUCCUCACUGCGCAGGGCACGUCGAAGGCCGGGCCCGUGGUCGCCAGGAUCAUGAAGCGGCGCGCCCCGCCCUGCCUGAAGGCCGCCUGCCGCCUGGGCUGCGUGUGCGCCAGCCUGGCCCUGGAGCGCCGGCAGCCCACGCACUGCGGCAAGACCGAGUGCAUGUUCGGCUGCACCUGCCUCAAGCGCAAGGUGGUGCUGGUCAGGGAGCCGCCCAAGCAGAAGAAGGAGGAGGGCCUCAUCUUCUACGGAGCUCUGGGGGAGGACGCCCCGCCCAAGAAGAAGAAGAAGAAGAAGAGGAUGAUGGCAUACACCAUACCUGCGGCAGAGCCGCCAUCAGAACCGGCUGCCCGCGUGCGGACUCUGUGGAACCGGAAGGAUGAGGUCGACCCGGAGCCCCUGCACAUCCCCGAGCCCAUCCACUUCCCCUCCUCGGCUGCUCACGCCCCCGGCCACGACCCCUCUGCUUCAGCCCACCGUGUCCUCAAACUUAACGCGGAGGACGAAGAGGACAGGAAGGACCCCGUGUACCUGUACUUCGAGAGCAAGAUGACGUGCGCCCGCGUGCGACCGUACAAGAGCAAAACCUCGCCCCACCAGGCAGUCUGUCCCUGCAGGUCCCUCCUGUGCAGCGGCAAGAAGGAUGACCCUUACCACAACUUCCCAGAUUCAACCCCAGGGAAGGCUGGUGUGCUUCACACUGAAGGAGCUGCAGGGAAGACUGCUAAGGAGUCCACCCUGAGCACGCCCAAGACGGCGCCUUCCAAGGUGCUGGAGAUCGUGUCCGAGUGCAAGUGGGCCAAGAAGUCUGACCGGAUCCAGGUGCUCCGGGUGGUGUGCGAGCACAUGGCCCAGAACCGGCUGACCCGCCCCUUCCGCAUCGGGCCCUACCACAUCCAGCCCCUGUCCCAGAGCCAGACCCGCAGGAAGGGGGCCCAGGGCCACUCCGUCACCUACAAGGUGUGCAUCUCCCAGCCCGCGGGCGCCUCCCCCGAGGAGGGGGCGCCGGACACGGGCGGCGACGGCAGCCCGGGCGACGGCGGCCCGAGCGAAGGCGGCGCCCGGGGCGCGGACGCGCCCAGGAAGAAGACGGCCCUGCCCUUCCUCACGGGCGUGUCCCCCGCCGGCAUCCUCACGGCCAACAGGAAGCAGCCGGGCGUCCCGGCCCAGGGGCUGAUAAAGGUUAAUGGCAAGUCUUACCCGCAAGCCAAACUGCAGCUGGGCCAGAUGGGGGCGCUGCACCCUGCCAACAGGCUUGCUGCCUACAUCACCGGCAGACUGCGCCCCCUCGGCCAGGAGGCGUCGUCUGCAGCAGCGGCAGGGUCCAAGCGCCCCUCUCCCGCUGCCUCCACGCCACAACCAUCUCACCUGGCCAAGGUUGCCAUGACCACCAGUGUUGCCACGCCAGCCGCUAUCUCCAGUGGCUCGGUCCCCGUUGCUGGGGCAGUUCUCAACUCAGUGGUGACCAAGCCCACAGUGGGGAAGGUCGUCACCCAGUUUGUGGUCAACAAGAUCAGCUCUCUUCCUCAGAGGCUUCCCAGCAUUAGUGGCCCCCAGUUGGUGGGCAGCGUUCAGAAACUCACCUUAUCACCCACUCAGCUGGUGGUCUUGGGCUCCUCCCCUCCUCCUCCGAGCUCUGGGGUGGAGCAGGGAGCAGGGGCGGGGGCCUCCAUCACCUUGACGAUGCCCCCAGGCGAGCCUCCUUGUCAUGUCCUAGUCCCCGCCCCUUCUAGUAGCACUAAGCCCCUCCCCUCCACCGGCUCCUCCAGCUGCACAGAUGGAAACACAGCACCCAAACCGCCCAAAGCGUCGCCUUCCCCCGGGGGGGCUGCUCCCGGGCCCCGCAUGCUCCUGAUCACCGUCUCGCCUCCCCCCUCGGGGGCGGGGCCCCGAGGCCCGGGGGCGGGGGUUCGAGGCCCGGUCCCGGGGCCCCGAGGCCCGGCUCCAGGGGCCCGAGGCCCGGCACCAGGGGUCCGUUUGGCGGCGCCCUCCUUCCCGCCCCUGAACCCGGGCCAGAGGAUGGUGCUGCAGCCGGUGCGCAGCGCCUCGGGCACCACGCUGUACCGCCACCCCAACGGCCACCUCAUCCAGCUCGUGCCCCUCAGCCAGCUGCGCGCCGCGCAGCCCAACCUGCUCAUCCGCAGCCCCGGUUCUGUGGUACGCUUGCCUACGCCCGUGACCUCAGCGUCCGACUCCGGCAGCUCCGCGCCCGCAGGGCCCAAGACCAGCGCCGCUGCCCCUGCUGGCGCUGCGGUCCCCUCUGCCACCCCGGCGCAGGGCAAGCCCCCAGGGGACGCCGCCCCCGCCCCCGCCCCCGCGCCGAAGCCGGGCCCGCUCGCGGGCGCCACGGCCAUCGCCCUCGGCAGCCUGCCCCCCUCCGUCAAAGCGCUGCCGGGGCUGCUGGGCCAGGCGGGCGCGUACGCCGUCAGGAUCUCGCCGUCCGCCGGCUCCAAGGAGCCCAAGCUGGUGGCGCUGAACGCCGCCGGGUCCUCGCCCGUCUCUCCCAAGGUCCUGUCCGUGCCCGGGGGCUUCACCCUGCUCCAGCUUCCCAAAUCCCCCGCCGGCGCCAAGCCCGCCCCGCUUCCCCUUUACGUCCCGCUGAAGAGGGGCGCCGCCACGGAGCCGCCCCCCCGCGAGGGUAAGGCUGGGCGGGGCGACCCUCAGGUGACCCCCGCCGGACUGGUCUGCGCCGACCACUCGUACACCAGCGGCCCGGGCCGCCCGGAGGAGCCCCAGGGCACGGAGCCGGACCGCUCCCGCACGCCAGGCUCCACCCAGGAGCAGGGCGGCCGGGCGGGGCCUCCGGGCCGGGCGGGGCCCUGCGAGCCGAUCGCCGCCCCCUCCCCCAGUGAGCUCCGGCCAACCACGGCUCCCUCCCCCGCUCGAACGGGAACUCCGGGCGAUGCCAGUGCAGUGGGCAGUGCCCUCAGCAGCAGCUCCCAGGCCCCGCCCAAACCGCCCAGCGCAGGUGCAGGGGCGGGUCUCCCGGGGAUCCCAGACGCUCACAGGGUACCUGGGGCAGAAUUGAACUCUGGGCCGGUGUGUGGAGCUGAGACCUCCACGCCGCCGCUGAGAGGCCCCACUGACGCAGUACAGACCACCGCCCCCUGCAGGGUGGCCAAGGAGAGGCAGCCCCUGGAGGAGGGAGAGGUGGAGGCGGAGAUGGAGGUGGACAUUAGCGGGGACUUGCCUUCAGAAGACAUGACGGAGGACUCUGAGGAGGAUUCUGGGGACAACAGUGACGAUGACGCCGUCGUCGUCACCAGCGAGUCCGAAGGGAGUGAGGAGGGAGCAGCUGUGGAUAUUGAGACAGUUGAGGAGCUGUCGGAGAAAAUCAACAUCGCUCGUAUGAAGGCUGUCGCCAUGCAGAAGAAGCUGGAGAGAGUAUGGAGUGCACAAGAGGCACAAAGAACAGCAGAGCACCAAGCCAGCGAGGAGCAGCAGCCAGAGGAGCAGGAGGAGGCAGAGGAGGAAGAGGAGGAGGAGGAGGAGGAUGAUGAGGAGGGGGAGGAGGCGAAGGAGGAAGAGCCCAGCGUGGUGGGGCGCAUGCAGCACAACGUGAUGGAGAGGCGGCGGCGCAGCGAGCUCCGGGGUCUCUUCCUCAAGCUGCAGCAGGUCCUCGACCUGCAGGACUCUCCCAAAAUCUCCAAGGUGUUCAUCCUCAAAAAGGCCACCGGUGAGAUCCAGGACUUGGUGGACCAGUUCGACCAUCUGGAGGAAAGGAAGAAGAUACUGAGCCGCCAGCGAGCUGCUUACAUCAGGAAGAUCUCGCAGACUUCAGGGAAGACUGAGGACAUGAUCAUUGAGAAGCUGCAGGACAUCUGCGCCAGGCAGAAAAACCUGGAGCAGAAGAAGCGCAAGGUCACCAAACGCCCGGCCCCCCAGCCCCCCCUAGUGACCGCAGUGAGCGAGGGCCACCUGCCCAUGCCUCGCUCCCCGGGACGCAGGCCCAACAUCCUGAGCCGCAGGAAGCCCCCCGCGCCCAAGACGACAGCCUUGCCCAGCUCGGUGCUGUCUCUGGUGGGCGGCGGGACCCUGGUGCCUGGACUAGGCGCAGCCGUGCCAAACCACCAGGUCUUAACCAUCAAGGGUCCUCUGCAGCCGUUUGCCACCGUCCUGCGCCCCGUGAGCAGCCCCGACCUGCCAGCCAUGCCUGGUGUGGCUUCAGUGACCAUCAAUGUCCCAGGAAUGUCGUUCCCUCUUGCUGUCAAGAGCCCAGUUCCAGAAGCUUCUCCUGCCGGCCCCAGUCAGGUCAUCUCUUCAGUAACCUGCCCAACAGGCAGGAAUACGUGCGCUUUGCCGAAGAUAGUCAGUGCGGAGGCUCUGGUGCCUCAUGCAGCACUGCAGGAGGGAAGGGGUGUGAGUGCAGAGGGGUCAGCUGCUCUGCCUCCAGCUCCUGCUCAGGACAGGGGGUUCCAGCCGGCCGAAAAUGACAAGGGGCCUUCUCUGGAGGAUGGGGAAGUGCUGGUAGAUCAGCUGACCACUGACAGACAGGAAGACCUGGAGGCAGAGGACGACCCGGAGGACGAGAAGCUGAUGUCUCUGCUCAGUGAGAUCGCCUUCCUCAACCAGCAGGCCAGCAGCGAGGACGCCCCGGCCUGCCACCUCCCGGAGGCGGGGCCGGUGGGCGGGGACGACGAGCGCUCCCUCAGCCCCCUGUUCCUGCAGCUGAGUGACGAUGCGGCGAGGCCCGGCCAACCGGAGGACGAGGAGCCCAGCGCACCGCAGCCCGAAGAGCCGCUCGCCAAGCCGCCGCCUGAACGCGAGCAGCAGCCCAAGCCCGAAGCCGCCGCCUCCUGCGGCGCCGCUGCCGCCGUUGCCAACGGCUUCAGACAGCAGAGCCCGCCCGUCUCCGUCAAGGGCGGCGCCCUGACUCCGCCCCCACUGCUGCAGAUGAAAUCGGGAAGUGUCACCAUGGCGACAGAAACUAAGAAGGGCAACGGCCCGGUCCCCUGGAGGCCUAUGCCCCGGCUCACUCCAUUGGGGCUCAAGGCCAGCAGUCUGAGUCAGGACAGCGCAGUUUCUGCUAAAGCUCCUUCAGAACCUCUGAAACAGAGCGCAACUCCGAACGCCGCUUCAUAAGCUUCUCCAUCCAGGCCCCGAUCCCUGACACUUGUACGUGACUGUGUUUCUGUAAGGACUUGUACAUAUGUAUUUAUUUAUGCACCUGGUGUGCCUAUCAGAAAUCCAAAGGAGAGGUUAAUUUUCUGGCUGUCAACAGUAGAAAAGAAGGAUGUCUAUCACUGGUUUCUUCACAGUUCUUCCAGUGCAUUAUUUAUAUAUAUAUAUAUAUAUGUGUGUGUAUAUAUAUAUAUAUAUAUAUAUGUAUGUUUCUCUUUGUUUCAAGGGGAAUGUCAGUUCAUAGAAUGUACCCUACCUAAAACACAAGACAUAAGAAUGUUAAGUAUGUCAUUUUUAGGGGGCAUAUGCAUACUAGAAUAUGUGACCACAUAAAACACUGUUCUGCAUUGUAACUAGAUAUUACUGUACUCUUAAGGGUAUUUUCAAUUCUAUAGAGACUUAGUCCCCAUAUUGGGGUGGGGUAUCUCUUGGUCAUUGCAUGCUUAUGUGUUAUUUCUAAUGGAAGAAUGAGACUAGUUGGGCCCAGCUUUCACAUGCUUUUGGUGAAACGUGGAUCAUUUGAACCAAUCAGCACGUUGCUCUAGAGAACAGUGUGUUGAUUGGUUCCAAGUCGUGUGUGAUUGACAGCAAGGAGCAGCUUUGCCUGUUUCUCCUAUGGUGUGUCCCCGCCUCCCAUCGUUACGUACUUAUGCAAGCCGUGUGGUGAGUGCUGAGGCAGUGGUGCUGCUGAAAGGUCCUGUCUGGUGUCCACCUAGCGCAGGCUGCUCCAGCGGCAGAGAGAGCCACUCUGUGGGUUAUUUGUAUUGGCCUGCUGGUCAUAACUCGAGCACUACAGUGUCCCAUGGGACAUCCCUUCCGUGAUUAUUGGUAGGGCUGUUUGUCGCCUUUUGCCUCAGCCUUUUGUUAAAUGACUCCUACCAAUCGCACAGUGAUAACACACACGCAUACACGCAGACAGUACUUGACAUUCAAAAUGUUAUACAUUCAGAAAACAAGGUCACGUUUGCACACUACAAUUUGAUAGUGAAAUGUUAAUUCUGUCCAGUCGCCUUUUGGUGAUGUAUUUAUUUUUUAUUUGUGUGAAGAACAUUUGUCUGGUAAUCAAGGUGUGGAUAGAUGGCUCUGUAAACCCUGUGCUUGUUCAUCAGUUCCCUGACCCUGGUCUCAUCCCCAAACCAAAGAAAACGUCCUUCAGAAGAAAGCAUGUUUUCAGUGGCCCUGUCAUGAUUUAUUAGAUGCUGGUCUGCUGUUGACAGGUUUGUAUUCCGUAGCUACAGGUCACGGCAGUUUUAUCCUGGGUAGUGUCAAAGGAUGGGUAAGCUCUAAAGGGAGCUGAAGGUAAUCCCCACACAGCCAGGAAGGUUUGUUCAGAAGCAGUUUGUCUUUUCAAGCUGCAGCCCGUCCUCUUCUAGACACUUGAUGGUGGCGCAUGUUUCACAAAAUCCAGCGGUGACACUUGCAUCAAAUGAGUAUCUGAAAGGACUUAUUCAGUUCUCACCAUUUUUCCUGAAGGGUUUCAACAAGAACAAGAGUAGUGUUCAAAACAGGAUUGUUCUGGCAAAACAUCAAGCGUUAAAAUCUCAGGAUCUGAAAACCGCAGUGCAUCAACCUUACUACUGCUGUACUUCCAGUCUAACAGGUUUGUUGAGUCACAGCAUCCCCUUGGUCUCUGAUAGUACUUUGGUGAUCGUACUGUACUGCUGUUUCUCUCUUACCAGUUUCACAGAUGUAUAUUUUGCAACACUACCUAGCCUACAUGUUGAUUAAGGCAUGAUCCUGUUUUCUGACUAAUAUUAUCUGCUUGCUCCGUGUUAUACACCAUUGUAGUGAACAGUUUGAUUGCCAAUUUUUCUCCAUUCCUCCACAAAAGUUAGUGGUCAACAAUCCUGUUUUUGAUGUCCGAUGACAUGGCCAUUGCAAUUUUGUUCACAUGGAAAGUGGUCUGAUUAUAUUUCAGACGGUUAUGCUUGGUUAGUCUAAAGGGUGGACAGAAAUUCUGUGGCUAUGUGUGAAUGUAAUUUGUACUCAUUUCAAGAGGACAUUUACUGUACAUUUUUGAGAACUCAUAAGGUUUAAAUAACUGAUAGUUUUGCUAACAUUUUUAGCAUGGCAAUAGGCUUACGGAAAGCUUAAUUUUUCUUACCAGCUGUUGUAUGCUUUUUGUGUAAUAUCUUGUUUUGUACUGGACUACUUCAAAACAAAAUGUCUCCUCUGUGCCUGAAACAUCAUUCUAGCCAUUCUUGUGCAAAAGAAUCUAAUGUAUAGAAUCUGUCAGUUCAGAUGCACAUUUUGGAACCAUUGUUUUAUUUUAGUUUGAUUUCAUGUUUGGACAGUCAGAAUACUUAAGCUGAUAAGUUUCAUUUAUGUGUCUAGUGUUACAAUGAGGUAGCAGGUGAAUAUGUACAGUUAUUAUGUAAAGAAAAGUAUGAAAGUAAAGAAUAUGCAAUUGAACAUGAGUAAUAAGGUAUACAUGGUGUGCUGCAAGGACUAGCAUGACUUAAACACUGAGCAGAAAGCCAUCUUUUUUGUUUGUGCAUUCUAUGUAUGUCUUAUCAUAAUCAAGAAAAUAUAUUAUUUGUUGUUAUUGUGUGUAAGUAAUCUUUUCUUGAAGAUAUAUAUACGUAUGUAGCUUGUUGAAAAUAUCAAUGGUGUCUUGUGGAAAAUUUAGGCAGUUUCUUCUGCCAGCUUUUGUAAAGAAAUCAAUAUUUUUAUAAUACGUCCAUCACUCAAGACAACAUUAUCUCCAGACUGUUGGUGAAAAAUUAAUUGUGGCCUUCAAAUAAAACUAUCCACAAGUU